UAUAUAUGUGUAAGAUUUAAGCAGUUUUGGAUUAUAUAUUUUAUACCGACUUUUAUCAAAAAUCCUGUACAACAUUAAAUCUGCGCAGUUUGUUGGAAGUUGCUGCUAUACAGAGAUAUAUUUUCGAUAAUUGUUCUUUAAAUUGCUAUUGAGGAUAUUGGGAUUAACAUCUUGAGUCUAUUCCACAGUACCCAAGCUUAUACAGAUUUUGACUGAGCUUAGGAGAACAGUUGUUUCUUCCAAGAGUGUAAUGUUGUACUGUUAACAAUAAAUAAAUCCUAAUUUUAAGAUAAAAUGGCACGUUGUAAGAAAGAAAGGAAGAAAAAAUGUGCACGUCCUGGACCGAUUACAAACAAUCCUUUUUUCAACUUCUUACGCGAAAUGCGAAAAAAUGGAUGCACGACUGAUAUAAUUGAGACUGCCAAGUGUGGUGCCAAAUUGUGGAGUAAAUUAUCCGAGGCUGAGAAGAAGAAAUACUGUAGUGAGAACAUAAAGAAAAAGAAUGCUCAAUCUAGUUGUCAAAAACCAGUAAAGAAGCUCAGCUGUGUACAGAAACGACCAAAAAAACGUAAAAAUCCUUGUGUAAAACCGAAGAAGAAACCUUCGGCUUGUGCACCAAAGAAGAAGCCAACGAAAUUAACAUGUCGUCUAUCAUCGGCACCACGUAAAUGCAAUGUAAGGAAGAAGAAGAAGAAUAAAUGCAUGAAGAUAGGACCUCCAACAAGCAAUCCAUACUUAAACUACUUACGCUACUUCAAGCAACGUAACUGUGGUUUAAAACCGCGAGAGGUCGUAAAAAGGGCGGCACGUUGCUGGUGCCGUCUUCCACCAGAUAAGAAACGUAAAUAUAAGCUCCAAGCAUGUAAAGUUACAACAAGUGCUCGUCGCAAGGCUACAAAAUUGUGUCGUAGCGUUCUUGCGGGUGCUCGUUCUAAAGGACGUAAAUGUUAGGUAAAUGAAAUAAUGAAAAAUCGUAAAGAAAAGGAAAAAGAUAUAUAAAAAAGUAAUUGUGAACAAAAUGGACAAUACAGAAAAAAAUGUUAUCCUUUACCCUUAUCCCUCCAUUACGGAUUGGUAUUAAUAAAUAGCAUAACCUACUUCCACAAAGAAUAUCAUCCAUUAUAGUGAUAAAAGUCUCUUAUUCUAGUUUAAAAUUAUAAUCUGUUAAUAUCAGAGAGAAAAACAUAUCAAAAUCAAGACAAGAACAGUAUACUGUUAUAUUGUUCUGAUAUAAAUUUGCCGUGAACUCUCUAAAUCUUUGAAUAAUAAACAAAAUUAUUAAACUAGUAUAACUAA